GCCGUUUCCUCUCCACAAAGGUUCGGAGACAGCCAACUGGAAGCCGAGAGGUAGACAGGACUCCGUCUUUUUCAUAACAGAUGCAUUUCACCGAAUAUUUGGGGAAGUUUUGGUAUUCUGGGAGACUGGUUCUUUACCCAUUUUCCCUGAGAGGCACUCGUCUGUAUAGCGGUAAACCUGGGCCACAACUGGGGGGACGGAUGAUGACAGGAGGCCCUGGGAUCGACCCCGCCACCCCCAGCCCAUACCCUCCUAAAGCGAUGCACUUUCUCCCACUCCCAAAACCACCUCGGUCCGGGUCCUCCCCUCCUCCUCCCCAGUCUGCCCUCAAGCGUUGGGUGAACUCCGUUGGGGUGUCACUCGACGCCCACUAGGGGCCGACGAGGCUCCAAUGCGCAGACUCCGGACAACGGAUAAAAGCGGAGCUGGCGAGUCCAGCGCCGUCUUGAUGGAGGAGCAAGGAACGAAAGCGGUCAGGGGGAGAAGCAUCAGGAAAAUUACAGCCACCGUCAGCGCCGUCUCCCUGCCACCGUGUAUCGGGGUAAAAAGCUGCCGUUGCCGUCGGUGCACUUGUCGUCGCUGCCUCCUACUUCUCUCGGCCCGGGGAACGAUUUCCCCGCCGGCGGGACAGUGUGCGGGCGAUCCGGAGCGCUUCGUAAGCGGAGUGGGGAGAGGCAGAGGCGGGCCAUGCAGCCAAUCAGCGCCUGGUGUGUUCUGUCGGGCGCGGUGUGAUUGGCUAGCGAUGACCUCAUGCUGCAGCAUUGGGUGGGGCCAGAGCCGUCGGUGGAGGCUGUUGCAGAGGCAGAGAGGGAGAAGUGACGAUGGUGAUCGUUGUCGCGGCCGGUAUGGAACCCAAGCAGUGACGAAGGGAAUCUCAAGGCUCUUCCCUGACCAUUUCUUCAUGUCCCUGCGCGAGGUGAGGGCCCCGGCUCGGCCUCUGCGAAACUUUGGGGCGCUGGCGCGGAUGAGACACAAUUUCUCCCAUGACUUUUGUAACUGCGUCAGGGCAAGAUGGCGCUAGGUCUCCUUGGGGCGCGGGGGGAGAGGCACGUCCACCGCCAGCGCAGCGCAUGUGACCGGGCUGCAUUCCUGUGGGGUUUGGCUCAGACCCAGGCUGGGGCGGGGGAGGGGAAUGGGCUGGGUCGGAGGACUGUGGUGAGGUCCGCGGUGGCGGCCUGAAGCGGAAGAGAUGACUGAGGGCGCUUCCCCUCCUCCAUUCAUUUAGCAGCUGCGGCUCCCGAGGGAAACCCCCCGGAGGGAUACUUCUCGUGGGGUGUGACGGCUAUUAGUGGAGGAGGUUUGGUGCCCUAUUUUCUUAUUUGCCUUUCUCCUUGCAAAUUAUACUUGGUAAGGUGGCAGGUCCUUAAAGUGGGAAUAGGAAUUCUCUGAAUCCCUGAGGGCCCCUGGAUUGUAUAAAGGAAAGACAUGCCUUUUGGGCCACGACAUCAAGGAGUAUCGUUUUCUGAGAAAACGUAGUUUCUCACGUUCGAAUAGAAAAUAUUCCCAAAGUUUGUAAGCAAGUGUAAAUAACACCCAGGAACACUUAAUUUGUUAGGAGAGACAAAGGAAUAUACCAUCUGAAUUUUGAAGGCCUUUUUCAAAAAUUUUUGUUACUCCCAUCUGUUCUUUGUUUUCUUCCCAUAUACUCCCUGUCUGUGUAUCCUGCAAGAACGUGUAAUCUUUAGUGCAUUUAUUUUUUAAAUCUAGGCGUGAUUAUAAAGAAUAAAAUCUAGUGGUGUAAUCUGUAUCAAGUUAUAAGGCCUUUUUCAAUACUUUUAGUCUUAUGUUGUCUUUCUGUCACCCUCUUACUGUGAUUUUAAAAAAUAAAAAAUGAAUUAGAAUCA